CCCCGCCAGCAAAUAUUUUUGCUGUGAAACUACCGGGACCUCUAAAGCUGCAACGAAAGAUACAUUUUUGCAACGAAACAUGGGCCCCGCCAAUAUUUUUGCUGCGAAACUUCAACAGGCGCGCUAUUUCUGCAAUUAACCCUUUUUAUUUUUUUUUUUGCAUGAAAGGUGACGAGGAGGAGGAGGAGCGCGAGCAAUGGCCGGGGGUAUGGAGACAGCAAGGGUUCCGCCUGCUAUUGGGAUCGACCUGGGCACUUCCAACUGCGUUGUGGGGGUGUGGAGAAAUGGUCAGGUGGAGAUUAUACCUAAUUUGAAUGGGGAUAGGUUGACCCCUUCAGUUGUCGCAUUUACGGGCAGCGUCGAAGAAAGGGGUCGUUAUAUAGGACAAGCCGCGAAGAAUCAAGCAGCGACAAACUGCCAGAACACGGUUUUUGAGGUGAAGAGGCUGAUCGGACGCAAGUUUGAUGACCCUACCGUUCAGAAAGACAAACAGUUAUGGCCGUUCCCGAUCGUGGAAGGGCCACGUGGCGAGGCGAGGGUUCGAAUCCGAACAGGAGAGUUGGAUAAGGAUUUCACGCCAGAAGAGAUCUGUGCCAUGUUGUUGGGCGAGUUGAAGCGGCAAGCGGAAGCCUAUUUAGACUCAGAGGUCACGGAAGCUGUCAUCACUGUACCGGCGUACUUCAACGAUGCCCAGAGACAGGCGACAAAGGACGCAGGGGAGAUCGCUGGGCUCAAGGUGCUGCGCAUCGCUAAUGAGCCAACGGCAGCUGCAUUGGGAUACACAGUUCAUCGAGAGCGAUUGAUUGCCUUCGACAGAGAGAGGACGAAGACGGUGAUGGUGUUCGAUCUGGGCGGCGGGACGCUGGACGUCUCGGUCAUGCAGAUCGGACGUGGAAAGUCAACGGUGAUAGCGUUGACCGGCGACAGCCACUUGGGCGGCGUUGACUUCGAUAUUCGGCUGCAGAAGCACGUGCUGCAGCCGGUGGCGGGAGCGGUAGGAGAGGUGGGGAGUCGGGGGGCGGUUUCGCAGAAGAGGCUGACCAGAUUACGCGAGAGGUGUGUGGCUGCCAAACACACCCUCUCGACGCGGCCCUCUGCGGAAAUUGAAGUGUCGCCGGACGCUGAGGUGACCAUAAGCAGGGCACUUUUCGAGAACAUCUGCAGCGAUUUGCUCGACAGGUGUAUGGCUUUGGUCACGGAAGCGAUCGCGCUUUCGAAGCUGGGCAAAGAACAAAUUGCGUCGGUGAUCUUGGUCGGCGGGGCCACGAGAAUGCCCAAGAUUUCGGCCAUGCUGACUGAGUUUUUUGGCGGGAAAACGCCCUUGUCAUCCAUUCAUGCUGACGAGGCAGUUGCGUACGGUGCAGCGGUGCAGGCAGCAAUGAUUACAAAGAGAUGUUUUGGUUUAGGCUCCGAUCUUCAAGACCUGGUCUUGCAGGAAGUCACGCCGUUGACGCUAGGUGUGAAGACGUGGACACAAGGAGGACCUGAAGCGCAGAACAUGUCCGUCCUGAUUCCAAAGAACACUCCUGUCCCUGUAACAGGGGCAGAAUUGCAAGUUACCACGGCUCAAGAUAAUCAGACCGCCAUGGAGUUUUGCGUCUAUGAGGGUGAAAGUCCUCAUUGCAAAGAUAACUAUCUUCUUGGCACGUUCACGCUGGACAAAUUCGAGCGAGCGCCGAAGGGGGAGGCAGAAGCUCUCCUCGUUUACUCCAUCGAUUCUGAUGGCAUUCUUCACGCGACUGCUACCAACACUGUGUCGGGACGAUCGAGCUAUGGCACCUUCACGACGGACAAGGGUAGAUUGACACGUGGCGAGAUCGAGGAGAUGAUUGCUCUCGAGGGCACGUUCGCGGCCGGCGACAGGGCUGCCCUUGAGAAGGAGGUGGCCAAGCACCGCCUGCAGCAGUAUCUUACAGAAAUGAAGGGAAAGAUGGAGAGGGCGGGAUACCGGCUGCUCCACAACGAUCGGAUCGGGAUCAAUCGGAAGGUGUCUGAGAUCGAAGGGUGGCUAUUGGGGUCGGGUAGUGGAGGGGGGUGGUGUUCGGCGAACGAGUUUGAAAAAAAAAAGGGUGAGCUUGAGGAGGCGUGCGAGGCUUUUGAAAGGCUGGAUCUUCAGGAUAGGUAUCUUGUUAGAUGCUGAUGGGAAGAAGGGGUGGGGGUGGGGCUGGGGGGGGGGGAAGGGAAGUUUUUGCCAUGCUCUCUGAAGUUGCUAGACUGCACUACCAGUAGUCCUCAGACUGUGUCCACGGCCGCUCAAAAGUGUACUAGAGUCUUCAUACCCCCCCCCCCCCCCAAAAAAACCCUUGUUUAAUAUCAGACCCCUCUGCUGGUCCGUGCAAUCCCUCUAGGCAAUCAACUGAGUCCCUACUUCUGCUUGGCAGAUUUAUCCCACCUGCCACCUGGCACUCCCAUUCCAUCAUCAUAGCAAUUCAGUCAAGGUUGUCAAUGCAGUGCUCCUAAUUUUUUUUUAUUUUUUUAUUUUUUUUUCCCCUUCCAAUGCUAAAAGUCCGCACGUAGUAUGCUGACCCAAAAGAAAUGAAAUCUUGGGGGUCUG